GCGCUAGCAGGAAGUUGGGGAGCUUCCGGCGGGCGUACGAGCUGUUGGCGGGGUGUGCGGGAUGUUUGCGGUGUGCAAACAGCUGUGGGUUGAAAGCUAGCUGAGGUGACAUGGCUCUGCUACGACUGAGGAACACAAAGGGCCCGAAUGCAGCAGAGAUAGAAAGAAAAAUUAAAAGGGGAAAUGCCCUGAGGCAGGGGUCUUCGUGGCGGGGCUCCCGGGGGCUCCUGGCCUUGCUGCUGGUUGCUCUGUGUGUUAGUACAGUUGCCGCCUGGCUCUACCUGGCUUCCUUGGACGGUGACAUCACAGAAACUCUGGCCAGUCAGAGGGAAAUGAUCUUGCCUCAGCCCAGGGUCUACAGCGUCCAAUGCUCAGAGGACUACGAGAACUACAAGCGCUACCCAGGUUGCACCCCUCAGAAGUGUGGCCGAGCCGUCACGGACGGCGUGGUGACGAGCGAAGAGGCUCAGGCCCUGCGGAGGCUGGCUGAGAGGGGGCUGGCGCUGGCCGGGUCCGAGGGAGGGGCCUCCAUACUGGACCUUCACUCUGGAGCGCUGUCCAUGGGGAAACAGUUUGUCAAUAUAUACAGGUAUUUUGGGGAACAGAUAGCAGAUGUCUUCACAGAAGAGGAUUUCAAGCUUUACAGAGAUGUGCGGGGCCGGAUCCAGGCCGUCAUUGCCGAGACGUUUGGCUUGGACCGAACCCUGAUGUACCUCACCAAGCCCACCUUCUUCUCCAGAAUCAACAGCACCGCAGCCAAGACGCAGCAUGACGAGUACUGGCACCCGCACAUCGAUAAGGAGACGUAUGGCUCUUUUGACUACACAUCUCUCCUGUACCUGUCUGACUACGGCUCAGACUUCACCGGCGGACGAUUUGUCUUCAUGGACCAAAAUGGCAAUCGGACUGUGGAACCCCGGGCAGGACGAGUGUCUUUCUUCUCCUCCGGAUCGGAGAACCUCCACCGCGUGGAGAAGGUAUCAUGGGGGAUACGCUACGCCAUCACCGUCUCCUUCACUUGUAACCCCAGUCACGCCAUCUCCGACCCCUCCCUUCCCUGAGGCGUUGCCGCGGACGACGGCGCCGCGUCCAGUGCGCUCGGACGAGCCCUGCAACAAAGAUGGAGAUGAAGAAAGUGAACAAGAGGAAAAAAAAAAAAGUUUUUAUUUCAGGCGUACAGGCUGCGAUCGAGAAACCUCGCCGGCCGCUGUGUCGAACACAAGCUGUUGGAGGAGAGCCACAAGACGAGCCGGAGGAAGCUGAACUUCAGAUGGUAGAUUUACCGCAGCAGAAAUUCUUUCUUGGAAACGUCAGUUUUUUUUACCGAAGGGAAAAGACUCUGGUUGUUUGGACGUAACGGCGCUCAAGCUGGGAUUCCACGGCACAAAUGUUUUUCCAUCGUUCCACCACUGACGAGUGUCCGAGUCCUCCGAAUGUUUCCAGGUGGAGCUUUUGCAAAAUGUAGCUCCACAUUUUCAUAUUGUGUCAAAGCACCAACUUUCAAAUUUCACACUAAGACUCUUUCUUCAGCAAGACACUUCUUUAUAAUUUCAGACAUUUGUAAUUCUGAUGCAAUACCGAUAUCGCAGCUUUGAGUAUUGGCCGAUACCGAUACUGUACCCGACACGAUAUCAGCACAAAUCAUAAAUACUUGCAUUUAAUUUGUCAUGUGGUAUGUUAUGAAAAGCUUGACCAAAAACAGAAAAACAAUCAAUUUCUCUAACAGAAAACAAUAGUUAACAAUAAUAUGUAUGAGAAGAACUGAUCCUUAAACCAAAGCGUUUGGGAUAUAAAGUGCUGCUGGAGAGGAGUGCUUCUAUCAGAGAUUUUAGAUGCAGGUUGAUAUAAUCCAAUACUCAUUUUUUGUAUGCUAUCAGACUGAUUUCCGAUAAGAAUAUCAGCUCAGUACACCCCUAAUAAUCAAAUGUUUUUCUUUGGAUACACAGUACUUGGUAAUGACGGCUUUUUAUCGCUUGUGUUCCUGGUUACUGUGUUUCAGGAUGGAAAUUUCUGUCCUCUGGUUCCUUCUGUCCUUUGGUUUUGUCACAUUUUCACAUUUCACAAAACAAAAUUUAAUAUCAGGCAGAUAACCUGUGUAAAUACAAUGAGACGUUUUCAAAUAUUUUCAGUGGAAACCAACUUUGCAACUUGUGAUGUGUUUACAGUAAAUGGAUUUUGGCCAAAAACUUUGUUGCAGAAUUUUCUAACUUGGCCAAACCAGAGGAUUGAACAAAUCAUCACCUGAAAACUGUUUUUUUUUUUUUUUUGUGCUUUUACUCAGAUUAUCUUUGUUUUAUACAACAAACUGUUUAAUCAACACAUGUAAAGGAAAAAUCGAGAGCAGUUGCUUUUUUCUCCUCCGAGUACGUCUUCCAACGGUUCUGGUUGUUCUCGCUUCAGUCAAGUUGUUUGGGUUCAUGGAUGUUUCUGAUCAUUCGGGACUUUUUGAACGUUCUGCUCAAAAUGCAACCGGGUUACAGAUGCAAAUCUUGACAGACUCUCAGGGUCGCGUUUCUCUUUCUCCUCGUGCCAAGGUUUUUGUUGUGUUGGUUUUUUUUCUCUUCUCGUUUGCUUGAACUUCGAGAACUCCAUGUGCCAAUGCCUCGUUUUAGCACACAGAUGUAAUGUCCUGUUUUCUUUCAGCAAUUAUGAAGCCAUAAGACCUGAGUGAACACUUUGUAUUUAUAAAAGUCAGCCAAGAUUACACGCGCGUAUACCUCCAUUCUUAUCCACACCUUGGGAGCCACUCGAGGAAAUUGCUUGAUUGAUGAUCGGUGUGAGAAGUCAUCUUCCUUGCCUUUCUUAUUUCCCACACAGCUGCUGCAGCCGAUCCUUUGUUUCUGUUCCCUUUUUAUUCUUAAUGGAUUGUGUGGAUUGCUUUUAGAGUCGCUCAUUGAAACUCUAUUUCACUUUGAUGACGUCUGUCAAAGUUCGAUGCGUACGCUUUCCGAGCUCAGGUUCGUUACUCACUCCUGAGUGUUUAGAAACUCGCUUUAGCUCAGACCUUUCAAAAGCGAUUGCGGUUUGCUCGUUCGUGUGUUUUGCAAAUAUGUGGACCUUGACAUCAAAACAGGAAAACUGGAACACCUCCGAGUUAUAGUUGUAUCAAUAACAAUUAUGUGAACCCAUUUGAAGACUAAAAGCUAUAAGCAUAGAACUUAUCACUGCUUGGCUGCAAAUGCAAUUCAACACGAAAGUUUGGACAAAACCUAUGAGUAUUAGACGUGCCUCCGCUUAUGAAGUUUGAACUGAUUAUGCCUAAGUUGUAAUGUCUGAGCUGCUGCGAUAUGUCAUAUGUUAUUGUUUUGUUGCUGAAAACCAUGGCGGUCACUUCCUGUUACGCAGCUGAACAGAAUGCAGGGAUCAGUGGAUGCCAUUCGAAGUCCAUUAAUGGCAAGAAAAAAAGUUUUUUCAACUUUGUUUUGAGAAUACAAAAUUCGCACUACAGUUGCUUUAUUCCCGUUCUGAACUUUUCUACAGAAAUGAGUUGGCUUGCUGUGUUCGCAGUCGAAACUAAAUAUUUCACCAAAGUCAAAUUCACAAGCUCAGGUAAUACUAGCCCUUAAAUAGCUGUCAUGUUCAAAGUCGCUCUUAAUCUAUUCAACGCAAGUUUCCUAAGCUUUUCUGGCGUAGCAUCGUAUGAACUGAUAUGUCUGGUACUAGGAAGGUUUGGACCUUCCUUCUCAUGACUUAUCAUUAUUGUCUGCAUCAAUGACUGUGCUGGUACAGCUUCAGGAAAAAAAAAAAAAGAGCACCUUCAGAUGUUGAGCAUACCGUAGAGACCAGCUUUGCCCCAGACUUUGAAAGGAUUCUCGUCGGGCUCCACUCGGCAGAGCGUGACUCAGCGGACCACCGCCCCUCUCCGGCACUCUGUGCUAAUUUCCCCAGCACGAGUGAAGAGCAGGCGAAGGAGAAUAAAGCAAGUUGUAAUUUCUCCUUGUCUUACUUCACAGGCGAGGCAUGUUGAUUAGUUACAGAUGAUUCUGCUACACAUUGAUAGUAGAAGUUGCCCUGGUAGUGCUGGGAGAAGUGCAGGAUGUCCGCGCAUCCUAAAAAAAAGUCUUAAAUUUAUGCUUCUAAUGUUGAGGCCUUAAAAUGCCUUAAAUUCAUUAAAAAGAAUCUGAGUUGGCCUUAAAUAUUGUCACCUUCCUAAAAUGAGUCAUUUUUUGACAAGAGUCCUUUAUUUGGGAGGGGAAUGCAAACUUUAGGCAAGAUUUUAUUUAAUUAAAUUUUUCUCAAAAUCACUUUUGGCAAAAAAAAAAUAUAUCUUAACCUUGGGUUUAAAUUUUGUAGUGGCAGGACUAUUCAAUCUCGUAUAGUGUUGGGGUUUUUUCUCGAGGAACUUUUCUGAUAGAUUGUAGUUAACUAGCUGCUAAUAUAUCUUAGUUAGCUUUUUUUUUACAUUUUUUUUUACUAUUGUUGGUAAGUGAAAAUUUGGGUAAAUGCCUUGCACCAGCAGUUUGCUGAUCACAUGGAUUGUGAUGCAAAAAACAAAGUGUUUCCACUGCAGUUUUACAGGUACAGCCCCCAAAAAACAAACAAAAAAA